AUGUAACACUGCUAGUUCAUGUUUCACCCAUCAAAUCAAUAAUUCUAGACAAACUCUUCAAAUCAAUAGAUGUUUCUGACAAAAGACUUUCAAUAAAACUUUCUCCAGAAUUAGCAGCACCUUAACUAAAUUAACAACUUGAAAAACCCUUAGUGUCCUAACUCUUAUGAAAAUAAUUAGAAUAGUCAAGAAAGUUAAAAUAACUAGCAGCAAUGCAAUUCAUUUCAAAGCAAUAUGUUUUUCCAGCAAUAAUAGCAAAAUCAAACAAAUCCUUAUUAAAUGGUCCAGCAGCAGUAGCAAUUAAAAAAGUCAAAGAAAAAAUCAAAGCUUAAAUCAGAUGAUCCCAAAAGAUUGGAUAAAGUAACAGGAUUUUUGCUAUUCAGUGUAAGAGUAGCUAGUGAUAGAUGGACUAAGUUGGACCCAAAUAUUAGAGAUCUCUACGUAAAGAUGUCACAUUGCAUAUAAAAAGAACCACCUACUUAAAUUCCUUAGUUAUACAGUAAAGCAGUCAUUGAAUAUUGGAAAAGAAAAUUAAAUUUCCCAAGAGAAUUUUAAGACAAAAAUUAUGAUGGCUUCUUGCCUUUAAGUUAUGGAGGUCUCUAUAAUCAUUUAUCAGAAGUAUAAAUUAAAAAAGAAAUGUCGUCAUAGGAUGAAAGACUAGAAGGUAGCAGAGAUUACAUCACUUAUAACUAUGAUUGA